AUGAUAAUUACGACAUGGAUUGUGUACAUUCUCGCCCGGAAAGGCGCCGGGUUCCCUUUCCCACCAAAAAUCAGUUCGGAUGUUGAAGUCGUAGAAAGCGAGGCUGUAUCCAUAGUACAGCACUGGUUGAAAAAAACUGAAGAAGAGGCUUCCCAGGACAUAAAGGAGAAGAUGUCCACCAACUGCCCUCCCACUCACGGCCAGGAUGUCCACGUCACCAGAGACGUGGUGAAGCACCAUCUCUCCAAGUCUGACUUGUUGGCGAACCAGAGUCAAGACGUCCUGGAGGAAAGAACAAGAAUCCAGUUCAUACGAUGGAGCCACACCCGAAUCUUCCAAGUCCCCAGUGAGGUGAGGGAUGAUGUCAUGCGAGAGCGAAUAGAGCAGGUGAGACGCAGCAUAUGCAACCUCACGGAUGAUGCAUCCCAGGAGAUUCGCAGCAGAAAUUCCUACGCAGACUGCUGA